GCCAGGGUUCCAGGAGGUGCUGCCCGCCGCAACCCCACCAUCACCUCAACCCGGGACAUCACCACGCCUUAGCUUGCUGUCGACAACUAGCGGCUCGCCGGUCGCAACCCUUUCGCUGUCCGACUGUCCAUUUUACCUCCAGUAGCUGCUGUGCGGGUUGACAAUGGCGAACCCACCCCCCAUAGUUCUCGAUGGCGGCACCGGCUUUCUUAAGGUCGGCUAUGCUGCCCAAAACUUCCCCGAGUUUCAAUACCCGUCUAUCGUCGGCCGCCCGAUCCUCCGUACCGAAGAGAAGGGGGGGAGCGACAUGGUGAUCAAGGACAUCAUGUGCGGAGACGAGGCCGCCGCCGCACGCACCAUGCUCCAAGUCAGCUAUCCGAUGGAAAACGGCAUCGUCAAGAAGUGGGACGACAUGCAGCACCUGUGGGACUACACCUUCUACGAGAAAAUGAAGGUCGACCCACGCGGCCGCAAGAUCCUCCUGACCGAGCCGCCCCUCAACCCUCUAAAGAACCGCGAGCAGAUGUGCGAGGUCAUGUUUGAGCGGUACCAGUUUGGCGGGGUUUACGUUGCUAUCCAGGCUGUCCUGGCUCUGUAUGCCCAAGGUCUUAGUUCCGGUGUGGUUGUUGACUCCGGUGACGGCGUGACGCAUAUCGUUCCCGUUUACGAAUCCGUCGUCCUAAACCACCUCACGCGCCGCCUCGACGUGGCCGGUCGCGAUGUCACGCGCAACCUCAUCGCACUCCUGCUGCGCAGGGGAUACGCGCUGAACCGAACGGCCGAUUUCGAGACGGUGCGCCAGAUCAAGGAGAAGCUUUGCUAUGUUUCCUACGACUUGGAGCUGGACAAGCGGUUAAGCGAGGACACGACGGUCCUGGUGGAGAGCUACACGUUGCCCGACGGGCGGGUCAUUCGCGUGGGGUCGGAACGGUUCGAGGCCCCCGAGUGCCUGUUCCAGCCGCACCUUGUCGACUGCGACCAACCCGGCAUCGCCGAGUUCCUCUUCAACACCAUUCAGUCCGCCGAUGUCGAUGUUCGUUCUUCCCUCUUCAAGGCCAUCGUCCUCUCGGGCGGUAGCAGCAUGUACCCGGGCCUACCGUCACGUUUGGAGAAGGAGAUCAAGCAGCUGUGGCUCACUAGGGUGCUGGGAGGAAACCCGGAACGGCUGAACAAGUUCAAGGUCAGGAUAGAAGAUCCGCCGCGGAGACGGCACAUGGUGUUCCUCGGCGGUGCGGUGCUGGCCAACAUCAUGGCAGACAAGGAGAGCAUGUGGAUUUCGAAGCAAGAAUGGGAGGAGCAGGGUCCCAGAGUUCUCGAGAAGCUGGGUCCCAGAUAGGCUGGUUCGGGGGAGCAAAGCGUUGCACUUUUAGACGACGAAAAGACGGGCGUGUUGAUGAUGCCGCGCCGAGCUCGUGCAUUCUCGCCGUGAUUGAUUGACGGUGCCACUCGGUCUUUCGUUCAUUGCUUUUCACUCCCAAGUGCCGAGCUUAGAGCGAGGGCUGUUUCUCGAUUUGCUCUCCGAAUCUCAAGGGGGGCAACAUUGGGAAGCCAAUUUGGGGAACUCCCUCGUCUAACAUAUGUUCAAGUCAAACCAGCCCCAAGCUGUUAAGAUGAAUUGUCCUUCGACCGCCAAGCACCGAAGGACCCAUGAAAGCCCCACCCCUGCGCAAAACAUCCGAACCCUCCUUCCAUGGAUGUCUCAUUCGCAUCAACAAC